GAGGCGCCGCUCUGGCUUCGCGGUUGCAUCGAGCUGAGCAGAACGCGGCGGCGGCGGCUAGGUGGGAGCCGGCCGACCCGGCGACGGGGCAGCCACCAGCCUCACGCCUGGGCAGCGGACCAGCGGAGCCCCCCGCAGCGGCGGCCGGGAGAUGGCCCCCCUCCUGCGGCGGCCGGCGCUGCGGCUGGUGUGGCUGGCGUUGCUGGUGCGCGCCGCCGUCGGGGGCAGGACGCUGCGCUACUCGACGGACGAGGAGCAGCCGCCGGGCACGGUGAUCGGCACGCUGGCCGACGACCUGCCCCCGCCGGCGCCGGGCGAGGAGCGGCGCUUCCGCCUGCUGCAGCCCCCGGGCAACGGUUCGGCGGCGGCGCGGGUGGCGGUGCGCGAGCGGGACGGGCAGCUGAGUGUGGGCGAGGCGCCGCUGGACCGGGAGGCGCUGUGCGCGGCGGCCGCGCCGUCGGAGGAGCCGUGCGUGCUGGCCUUCGACGUGGUGAGCCUCGGCGGCAGCGGCGGCACGGGGCAGUACGGCCUGGUGCAUGUGGAGCUGGAGGUGCGCGACGUGAACGACCACGCGCCGCGGUUCCCGGCGGCGCUGCUGGCCCUAGAGGUGUCGGAGGCGGCGGCACCGGGCACGCGGCUGCCCCUCGCGCUGGCCCUCGACCCGGACGCCGGUUCCAACGGGGUGCAGAGCUUCGCCGUCUCGCCCAACGCGCACUUCGGCCUGGAGGCGCAGAGCCGCGCCGACGGGCGCAAGGGCGCCGAGCUGGUGCUGCUGAGCGCGCUGGACCGCGAGGCGCAGGCCUCCUUCCGCCUCGAGCUGGUGGCCAAGGACGGCGGUAGCCCCGCUCGCUCGGGCACCGCGGCCGUCAGCGUGCGCGUCCUCGACGCCAACGACCACGCGCCCGCCUUCCCCGGCGGCGCGCUCCGCACCGUCGAGUUACCCGAGGACGCGCCGCCCGGUUGGCCACUUCUGACCCUCGACGCCGCCGACCCGGACGAGGGCGCCAACGGCCAGCUGCUCUACUCGUGGGGCGGCCAGGUCCCCGCCGAGGCGCGCGCCCGCUUCGCCCUCGACCCCCGCACGGGCCGCCUCAGCCUGCGCGCCGCCGUCGACUACGAGCAGCAGCGCGCCUACGAACUCGACGUGCAGGCCCGCGACGCCGGCGCCAGCCCCCUGGCCGCCUCCUGCAAGGUCCUCGUCCGCCUCCUGGACGUGAACGACAACGCGCCCGUCCUGGCCAUCAGCCCCCUGGCCGCCCCCGACGGCCCCGCCGGCCCGGCCUGGGUCAGCGAGGCGGCGCCGCCCGGCAGCCUAGUGGCCCUCGUGCGCGCUUCCGACGCCGACGCGGGAGCCAACGGGCAGGUGCGCGUGGCCCUGCUGCCCGAGCCCCACGGCAGCGACGGAGGCGGCGCCCCCUUUGCCCUGCAGCGCGCCUCCGAGGCCAGCUACGCCCUGCUCACCGCCGGGCCCCUGGACCGCGAGCGCACCCCCGAGUACAACCUCACCCUGCUGGCGGAGGACCUGGGCCUGCCCCCCGCCCGCACCCUGCGCCGCCUCACCGUCCGCCUGGCCGACGAGAAUGACAACCCGCCCCGCUUCACCCGUCCCCGCGCCGAGGUGGCCCUGCCCGAGAACAACCCACCCGGCGCCUACCUGGCCACCCUGCCCGCCUCGGACCCGGACCUGGGGUCCAACGGCCGCGUGGCCUACCGCCUGCUCGACAGCCGCCAUGGCACCACCGACACCUACGUCUCCAUCGACCCGGCCACGGGCGCCCUCUAUGCCGCCCGCACCUUUGACUACGAGGCCCUGCGCCAGCUGGAGGUGCGCGUCCUGGCCACCGACGGCGGCUCGCCGCCCCUCUCCGCUACUGCCGUGCUCAAGGUGCGGGUGGUGGACCAGAACGACAAUGCGCCCGUCCUCACCCAGCCGGCCCCGGCCAACGGCUCCGUGGAGAUCCUGGUGUCCAGCAAAGCCCCCCGCGACUCCCUGGUGGCACACAUCCAAGCCAAAGAUGCUGACGAGGGCGCCAAUGCUGAGCUGAGCUUCGCCCUCCUGGACGACGAUCCCCGGGCGCCGGACCUCUUCGGCAUCAACCAGAAAACAGGCGAGAUAUUCCUUGCCGGCAGCCUCUCCGAGGAGCACCUGGGCCAUGUUUAUCAGGCGCUGCUCACGGUGACGGAUGGCGGGCAGCCUCCCCUCGCCACCACGGCCACGGUCAGUUUCCUGGUCACGGCUGAGGCGCCUCUCUCCAGCAACCGGGACUCCGUUGCCAAGGCCAGCUCGGGGGAAGGGAAGGCCCUACAGUGGGACGUCCCCUUGAUCGUCAUCAUCGUCCUUGCCGGCAGCUGCACCUUGCUCUUGGGGGCCAUCAUCACCAUAGCCACCACCUGCAACAAGCGCAAGAAGGAGAAGGAGGUGGCCCUGGAGGAGCCCCUGGACAGCUUCCCCCCAGAGACGGGCAGGCAAGAAGGCAGAGGGGGGCUGGUGCCUGCCAGCCCCCCUGCCAGCAGUUUCGAAGUGCAUUCCUUCCCCAGCAAGUCUUCCUUCGUGAGCCCGGAGCACUCCCCAGCCAGCGAGGACCUCCCCGCUUCGGAGAACAGCCGAGAGAGCGCCAGCCUCUACGAUAGCCACAGCAGACUCCGGGAGCCCAACACAGAGUCCUAUGCCUCUACCCCCAGCUACAGCAAAGAGCCAGGCCCACCCCCAGCAGCCAUCUGGAAGGGCCACUCCUUCAAUACCAUCUCCGGCCGAGAGGUGGAGUUCAGUGGCAAAGACAGCGGGAAAGGGGACAGCGACUUCAACGACAGCGACUCCGAUAUCAGCGGAGAUGCGCUAAAGAAGGACCUCAUCUCGCACAUGCAGAACGGGCUGUGGGCUUGCACUGCAGAAUGCAAGAUCCUGGGCCAUUCGGAUCGGUGCUGGAGCCCAUCCUGCGGCCGCUCCAACCCUCACCCUUCACCCCAUCCCAAGGCUCAGCUGUCAACUUUCUGCAAGAGUACCUCGCUGCCCAGAGACUCGCUCCGCCGGGACCACUUCUACCAGGCGCAGCUGCCCAAGACGGUGGGCCUGCAGAGCGUCUACGAGAAAGUUCUGCACAGGGAUUUUGAGAGGACAAUCACGCUGCGGUCCCCUCCUCACCCGGGGCGGCUACCGGACCUCCAGGAGAUCUCUGUGCCCUUAUUCCAGGCUUCUCCGGUGCGCUUUUUAGGACCUCCAUCCGAUUCUACUCAAAAAGUUUGAACAGCUGCUCGGCGUUUAUCUUGAGCUGAAGCUCACAAGCGCCAGACCACUGGCAUCAUUUCAGGAGACGGUGUCGCACCCAGAACUCGGAUUUUCAAAGUCACACGUCUGCCUGGGCUGUUGGAUCUUUCCUGCAUUGCAGGCUGGCUGGUCAGGACAGGACUUCUGAGCAUGUGCAAAGUGUUUCUUCUGCAGCUCAGUGGCCCCAGCUAUCUCCUUCAGGUUUUUGAGAGUCCAAGGGGAAGUUGUAUCCCAUCACCUCUCUUGAGAAAAGUGAAACUCUGCUCCUGUCACUUCCACCUCCCGCUGUCGCAUGCCCCCUUCACGGUCCACACUGCAAGCCAGGCUGUUUCCAAGCAUUUUUAAGUUGAGCAGGUCCAGUGAUGUAUAGAAGAAUUUUUAAAAAUGUGCCUUAAUAUACGUAUGCACACACAUUUUGACUUCUGUAGUUUCAGUUGGGUAGCCAUGUUGGUCUGAAACAGCAGAAAAAAAGGUAUCGUCCAGCGGCACCAUUGAGACCCACAAAGGUUUAUUCUUGGUAUCGUUUAUUCUUGCAUGCACAUGGAAGCUUAUACCUAGAAUAAAACUUCGUUGGCCUUAAAGGGCCACUGGACUCAAACCUUUUUCAUUCAUUUGCGUGUGUGCGUAUAUGUAUAUGAUGUGUGUGUGUGUGGUUGGGAAAGAUUCCCAAUUAAGUUGGUACUGUUUGGUAUUUGCAAACAAAAAAACCUCUUUGUAGUUAAUGUAAUUUUUAUGAAAUGUGGAGUAUUUAAUUUUUUUCCCUCAACGUUGCUCUUUUGUUUCAACCAUAAGCCAUCUUCUUAUGUAAGUUUUGUUUUUAAAAAUCUGUAUAUUAUGUAAUGUAAAGUUUGUACAUAAGGGAAAUUUCAUUCUAUUUUUAUAUAAGAAAACUUGGGGAACAAAACCAGUCAUUCGUACUAAAGCAACAGUCUGAAAGACUCACACAAAAGGAAAGAAGAAAGGCAGACUGUAUAUAAAGGAACUGAAGGAACCGUCUUUUGCAUCAUUGAAUGAGAAGUUAGUUUAAUUGCAAGUUGACGUAUUGGAAGGCCUACCUGGCCAAGUGUGACUGGUGUUUUUAGAAUCCAUGAUCUGUUUCCAACGCAAUGUGAUUUAAUGAUUCUGUGUCACUUAUAUACACCCUAAUAAAGGACGUCCUGUGUGUUUGGA